CAAAAUGGCGCACAGCUGUCGGUGGCGGUUCCCUGCUCGGCCCGGGACUGGCCGGCGCUUGGGGGCCCGUCACAGAUUGGCAGCAGUGCUAAAAGAAGAUGCGGUUGAAGGCUGGGCAGGCCUUGGCUCCUUUGGAAAUGUUAAUGUUGGGUGUGGGGUUGCUGUGGCCCCUGGGGGCCCGGGAAGCUGUGUCGGGGUAGGACCCGGGUUUGAUGCGGCGCUGCAAGUGUCGGUGGCGAUUGGGAGCAACCUGAGGAGAUUCAGGGACGUGUCCGGGGGAAGCAGCGGAGAGGAAGAUCACUUUUUGGGAUUUGGUUCAGAUGAGGACGUUGAAACUUGCAGCCCAGAAAAGUCACCAUCAGAUCAGACAACCCCAAGAAAACCUCGUGGAAGGCCCAGGAAUAGCCAGUCUCGCAUCUCUGAAGCUUCAUCAAAUUCUACAGAGAAUCAUAGUGCUGCAGCAACCAAACAGGAGCUCAGGCCUUCAGAUAAAUCAAAGAGACCUGAGAGCAAGCCUGAAGAGAAGAGACGAGGUAGACCUCCAGCACACGGCGGUGUCAAGUUCAAGUUGCAGCAUGAAAAAACAGAUGCCUCUGAGACCACAAAGGCUCUGCUUGAGGAGAAAACAAAGAGAAAAAAGCAAUCAACCACAUUUGAGCAUGCUGCAAGAAUUAAGAAACUCAGAGCUGUCAAACUAUCUCCUCUUAAAUCCAAAUUUAAAAGUAACCAACUACAAAUUGGGAGAAAGGGAAGUGUUCAUGUUGUCAGGCGGCGUGGACGACCUCCGUCUUCUGAAAGGUUGAAAGAGGCAUCUUCUGGGGUGGUCAUAAAACAGUCCCAAACUGAAAAAAGCCCAAAGGGUCGCAAAGAGGGCUCCCCUCAGCCCUCAAAUGAAGAGAGCAGAAUUUCUGUAAGACAUAGUGCACGUAGAAUGAAGCCAGUGAGAAUAAUCCCAUCAUCCAAGAGAACAGAUACAACCAUUGCCAAGCAACUUUUACAGAAAGCCAAGAAGGGAGCUCAGAAAAAAAUGGAGCUGGAAGCAGCAAAGCUUCAAGGACGGAAAGGGGGCACUCAACUAAAGAACAUUCGCCAAUUUAUAAUGCCUGUGGUGAGCACAGUCUCGUCUCGCAUCAUCAAGACACCAAGGAGAUUCAUAGAGGAUGAAGACUACGAGCCUCCUAUUAAGAUUGCACGGUUGGAGACUGCUCCCAACAAUGGACGUUUUGCGGCAGCCUCAUGUGGUUCCAGUGAAAAAUCAAGUGAGGCAUCGCAACGCUCAUCGCAGGCCACUUCUGACGACUCUCGAUCCAGCAGUCCAAGUGUGGACACCUCAACAGAAUCUCAUGCCUCGGAAGAGACCCCAGCCAUAAGUGAGUCUCAAGGAAGAGUCGCAGAAACACCUGUCCCCACUCCACAAUCUCCCCCUGCAAGUAAUGGUUGUGGCACAAGGAGUAGAAGGCUUCCUGUAUGCAAUAGAGCUUUUGGUUCAAGACCAGGAAAAAAAAAUCUCUCUCAGCCUUCUACAUCGCCGCCUCCUCCAUUAUUAAGUCCCUCUGCACCUUUGCAACCCGCUCCUACCCUCUCUGAUCAUACACCUUGGUUAAUGCCUCCAGCGAUCCCUAUGGCUACUUCCUUCCUCUCUGGCUCUCGCCUUCAUGAAAAGAGAAGAUCCAUCCUGAGAGAACCAACCUUUCGUUGGACGUCAUUGAAACAUUCCAGAUUAGAGUCUCAAUACUUCUCCUCUGCUAAAUAUGCCAAAGAAGGUCUUAUUCGAAAACCCAUCUUUGACAAUUUUAGACCACCUCCUCUAACCCCACAGGAUGUAGGAAUAGCUUCAGCCUCUGGAUUUCCGUCACCUUCUGCGGUGGGUCCUGGGAGACUCUUCUCCCCUCUCCAUGCCUCAGGGGCUCGGUUUGAUGUCCAUAAGCGGAGCCCCAUUCUCCGAGCGCCCAGGUUCACUCCCAGUGAAGCACAUUCCCGCAUCUUUGAAUCCGUUACACUCCCAACCUCUGUUUGUCGUUCUGGUGGAGCGUCUUCCAUAAUGGGUAUGUCCUCUCGGAGAAGAAAGAGAAGGGUUUUCAGCCCUAUCCGCAGCUCUGAGCCUAGGUCCCCAUCUCACUCCAUGAGGACACGGAGCAGGAGAGUGAGUAGCAACAACCUGACCUCCUUCACACCUCCACCGUCGUCCUCAGUUUCCAGCAUAAAUGUCAACCCUGUUACCGUCAGUGCCUUAAGUCCCAGCUUUUCUCUCUCUUCCACUUCAGUUACAUCUGUUCCAGGGGAUAAAGCAGAAAAAAUUCAGAAACCAAGAAAACAAGCUGGCAGUUCUGGGCAGCCGUUCUCUUCCUCUUCCAAUAGUUCUACUGCUCUUUUCCAGUGGCUGCCUUCGAGCCCUCAAACGGAAAGAGGCAAGAGCAAGGGCAGGGUGUCCGAGGAAGUGCCUAAAGAGAAGGACGUAGAAAGAAGCAGGGAAAAAGAAUUAGAAAAAGAGAAUUCCCGUGACUCCAGGAAAGACAAAAGGAAAAAAGGUUCAGAUGCUGUGUGCAAGACUAGCAAAGACGGCAAUGGAGAGGGAAUUACCACUUCUACCACACCUGUGAAAGUCCUGGGGAAGAAGAAACCUGCUGCUGCUGCAGACCCUUCUUCAGACAUAUCUCCAGUUUCUUCACCUGUAGAAUCUGCUCCUGUCAAAUGCAAGGCAUCCAAAAAGGGUCGGGCAGUCUCUGAGAAACCUGACCUCGAUACCAAUGCCAAACCCCAAACCACAGACACACACCAACCUGACCAGCCUGUAAGUUCUGUAAAGACCACCACUACAUCCAUCAGCACUAUGCUGGCCCAGGCUGACAAAUUUCCGGUUUCUGACAAACAUGUGGCCAGUUUAUUGAGAAAAGCUAAAGCCCAGUUGUGCAGAAUUGAGAAGACCAAGUUCCUGAAGCAAGCAGUCCAGCCCAAGGCUCAGGUGCUUAACUCCAAGGGCCAGGAAAGUGAUUCUUCUGAGGCGUCUGUACACGGACCUAGGAUCAAACAUGUCUGCCGUCGAGCUGCUGUGGCCCUGGGACGCAAGAGGGCUGUUUUUCCAGAUGACAUGCCCACCCUGAGUGCCUUACCCUGGGAGGAGAGAGAGAAGGUCUUGUCUUCCAUGGGAAAUGACGACAAGUCAUCCAUUGCUGGUUCAGAGGAUGCAGACCCGCCUGCUCCACCCCUUAAACCCAUCAAACAAGUCAUGCGUAGCAAGGCGUUACAGGAGCCCCAUGUGAAAAAGGGCCGGCGUUCACGGCGCUGCGGCCAGUGUCCGGGUUGCCAGGUGCCCGAGGACUGCGGCAUCUGCACCAAUUGUCUGGACAAGCCCAAGUUUGGGGGGCGCAACAUCAAAAAACAGUGCUGCAAGAUGCGAAAAUGCCAGAACUUACAGUGGAUGCCAUCUAAAGCAUUCCUGCAAAAGCAAGCUAAAGCUGCAAAAAAGAAAGAAAAGAAGUUCAAGGUAACUGACAAGAAGGAAAUGCCAAUGGUGAAAUCUGUUGCAGAAUCCUCUCCAAAAACCGCUUUGACACCAGCAACUGCUGCUAACCCCACCACCCCCAUCACUGUCCCUGCCCCUCCUGCUGUGCCAGAUGAACCCCCACCGGCACCUGCAAAGAAAAGUGACGCCCCAAGGAAAGCAGAUGAGGACCGCAUUGAAGAAGUAGAUCAGCCCAAUUUAUCUUGCGAACCCAAGCAACCCCCGGUUCCACGGAAAACCACAAAGUCGGCUCCGCCACCGAUAUCUUUGACACCCCUCCCUCCCCGAGCUAGCUCUCCACCACCUCCUGCCAAGAACGAGUCCUCAAAAAUAACCCACUGCGAGGCCAGAAAGAAGAUAUUGCCUGCAGCACCAGAGAUCAAUUCUGAGAAUAAACAGAAGAAACUGGCUUCUCGGUUGGGUGCUCUUUUCAAAACCAAAUCAAAAGAGAAGGACAAACCCGUGCCCACCAACAAGCCGGACAGCAGCUUGAACCUGAUAAGCCCAAUAAGUAACGGCGCAAACGCCAGACAAAAACCGCUCACUGAUGGAGUGCACAGAAUCCGUGUGGAUUUCAAGGAGGAUGGCGAAGUUGGUAAUGUGUGGGAGAUGGGGGGACUCGGCAUCCUCACUACUGCUCCCAUCACUCCUCGGGUGGUCUGCUUCCUCUGUGCCAGCAGCGGACAUGUGGAGUUUGUCUACUGCCAAGUCUGUUGUGAGGCCUUUCAUAGAUUCUGUCUGGAAGAGCGAGAGAGGCCUUCUGAAGAUCAGCUGGAAAGCUGGUGCUGCCGGCACUGCAAGUUCUGUCAUGUGUGUGGGAGACAGCAGCAGACAACCAAGCAGCUACUAGAGUGUAACAAGUGCCGCAAUAGCUACCACCCAGAGUGCCUGGGACCGAACUACCCAACCAAACCCACAAAGAAAAAGAGAGUGUGGAUCUGUACCAAGUGUGUUCGAUGCAAGAGUUGCGGUUCAACAACACCUGGGAAAGGCUGGGAUGCACAGUGGUCACAUGACUUUUCUUUGUGCCAUGACUGUGCCAAAUUAUUUGCUAAAGGCAACUUCUGUCCCUUAUGUAAUAAAUGCUAUGAUGAUGACGAUUAUGAGAGCAAGAUGAUGCAGUGUGGGAAGUGUGACCGUUGGGUGCAUUCCAAGUGUGAGAACCUGACCGAUGAGAUGUACGAGAUCCUUUCCAACCUGCCAGAGAGUGUGGCCUACACCUGCAUUAACUGUACAGAACAGCACCCUGCGGAGUGGCGGCUGGCGCUGACAAACGAGCUGCAGGCCUCGCUGAAAUACGUGCUGACGGCCCUGCUCAACUCGCGCACGUCCAGCCACCUCCUUCGCUACCAACAGGCCGCAAAACCCCCUGAUUUAAAUCCAGAGUCGGAAGAGAACAUGCCUUCUCGGAGUUCCCCUGAAGGACCAGACCCCCCCAUUCUGACCCAGGUCAGCAAACAGGAUGAACAACCCCUGCUUGACCUGGACGGGGUGAAGAGGAAGAUGGACGGUGGCAGAUACACCUCGGUGUUGGAGAUGAGUGAUGACAUUGUGCGAAUUAUCCAAGCUUCAAUGAAUGCAGAUGGAGGACAACCUGAAUUGAAGAAGGCAAACAGCAUGGUUAAAUCUUAUUUCACAAGGCAAAUGGAACGAGUCUUCCCUUGGUUUAAUGUUAAAAAGUCCAGGUUCUGGGAGCCCAACAAGGUUACCAACAAUAGCAGUAUGUUACCCAAUGCAGUGCUGCCUCCAUCCUUGGACCAUAAUUAUGCUCAGUGGCAGGAGCAUGAGAACAGACUGGCGGAACAGCCACUCUUAAUGAAGAAAAUCAUCCCUGCUCCAAAACCUAGAUCUCCAGAAGACCCAGAGUCUCCUCGACCAGAGCAUCCUCCCACCCCACCAGCCAUGUUAGCCAUAGAGCACAGCAAGGAGGAGAGCCCAAGCCUGCCGCUUCCACCUGGAGUCGAAGAUAACCGUCAGUGUGCCCUUUGCCUGAAGUAUGGCGAUGACAAUGCCAAUGAUGCUGGGCGGCUGCUGUACAUCGGACAGGAUGAAUGGACCCAUGUUAACUGUGGCCUAUGGUCAGCAGAGGUGUUUGAGGAUGAUGAUGGCUCUUUGAAAAACGUGCAUAUGGCAGUUAUCAGAGGCAAACAACUGCGGUGUGACCUUUGCAUGAAGCUGGGUGCCACGGUUGGAUGCUGCCUUAAUUCUUGCACCAGUAACUAUCAUUUUAUGUGCUCACGGAUAACGAACUGCGUGUUUCUGGAGGAUAAAAAGGUUUACUGCCAGAAACACAGGGACCUGAUCAAAGGAGAGGUUGUGUCUGAUAACAGCUUUGAGGUCCAGAGAAGGGUUUUCGUGGACUUUGAAGGAAUCAACCUACGCAGAAAAUAUCUCAGUGGGUUGGAGCCUGAAAAUAUUCACAUGAUGAUAGGUUCAAUGACUGUAGACUGUCUAGGAAUUCUGACUGAUCUGUCAGACUGUGAAGAGAAGCUGUUCCCCAUUGGUUACCAAUGUUCUCGUGUAUACUGGAGCACGACUGAUGCCCGGAAGCGCUGUGUGUACACUUGUAAGAUCUUGGAAUGUCGUCCUCCUCCAACUGAACCGGACAUCAACAGCACUGUGCAGCAUGAGGAGAACCGAACUAUUGCACAUAGUCCUAAACCACCCUGUACUGGCUUGCAGGAAUCUCAGAACUCAGAUGGUAAAAGUCUCACAUCUCCAGACACUGCCUCAAGCACUCCAGCUUCCAACCCACGGACUCCCUCUCGCCCCCCAGGAGGCAACAAGAUACGCACACCCAAAUAUUCUCCAAAUCAGCGUUCCCCUGGGUCCAGACCUCUUCCAUCAGCAGGAUGUCCGUCUCCAGUUACACAUGAAAUUGUGACUGUUGGGGACCCUCUCUUGUCUUCUGGUCUUCGGAGUAUUGGCUCGCGAAGGCACAGCUCCUCUUCCAACCCACCACAACAGCAAAAACCUAGAUUGACUUCACCAUCAGAGGCUGAUCUUCCAAGAUUGUCCUCACAGGUUGCUGCUGUGACCUCUUCAGAUCAAAGCACCACCAAUGUAGAAAACUUACUUUUGGAAGCCUCUGCAAAUUUGAAGGGCAAUUUCUCUUCUAACAAUGGGCAUAAAAUAUCUGGAGGGAAGGUGGAAAAACUGCCUGAAACAAGGAGAGUGGGCAUCUCUGAGAACCUCACAAAAAUCACAACCCCCAAAACUGAUUUUUUAAGGCUUUCUGCAUCCAGAAUCUCAGAUCCUUCCACUCCCAAAAUGCCCUCUCAGCUACAGGCAGUAUCUACCAAUGCUGCUUCUCUACUACUUGACUCAAAAUGUUCUCCCACUUCACACCAAAGGACAAUAAGACAAGAAGAUGACCAACCAGGGAACACCUUGAUAGGUGAGAAAUCUGAGGUAGGAAAGGACUCACAGGUACCUACAAGCAAUCAUGGAAACUCUGUGACCAAAGACAAAAGGGCAAAGUCCAAGAAGCUGCUGCUGGAAAAUUCAAAAGAGAAGCAUUCCAGUAAAUCCACCUGUGAUUUAGAGCACCAAUCAAGUGAAGUCCAGGGGCAGUCAAACAGUAAUGGCAAUCGUACAAUGACAGACAAUGACAACUUUAGAAAACAUGGGCACAACAAAUAUACAAAUAAGAUUGUAUCCAGUGCAGGCAAUUCUCUGCUGGAAAAUUCCUCAAUAACCACUGGAAAGGCUACAAAGGUGGGAAAAGAGGCAACGUAUGAUAGAGAGCUUACAAAGUCAAUUGCUGUGUCUCCACAGCACUUUACACAUUUAUCAGAAGUUACAAAGACAGAAGAUAUUUCAAAGGCAGCUGGAGAAUUAACAACCGUACACACAAGUCCAAAUACAGAUCCUGAUCCUCAAGCAGGAAACUCCUAUGCUUCCCAGGACCCUGGCAUGCUUCUCAAGGAUGGAAGCAAAACCCAGGAAGGAAGCUCCUAUAAAAGGCGCUACCCAAGGAGGAGUGCCAGGGCACGUUCGAACAUGUUUUUUGGCCUCACCCCACUAUAUGGAGUUCGUUCCUACGGUGAAGAAGAUCUACCAUUUUGUAGCAGCACUCCAGGAAAGAAACGUGGUAAAAGGUCAGCAGAGGGACAGGUUGAUGGUGCUGAUGACCUGAGUUCAUCAGAUGAUGAUGAUGACGACGAUGAUAUGUAUUAUUACAACUUUUCAAGGACUGUAGUAUCCUCUUCAGGGGAUGAGCGUCUGGGUUUGCAUACGCUGUUUAAGGAGGAGGAUCACCAUGACCUUCACAAAAUUCCACAGCUUGAUGGAGUAGAUGAUGGAACAGAAAGUGACACAAGUGUCUCCGUCACAUCAGGGAAGCCUGGCCAAGGAGGCAAAAGGAAUGGCAAACAAAAUGGUGCAGACAAGCUUGAAGCUUCUGAGGACAGGGGGGAGAAAGUUCUCUCGGGCAAGGCCCACAAGGCAGCCGACUCAAAAAUUGAGAACUGUCAUCCAGUAAAACAGGUCUCCCUAGAGACACAGCUGAAUUUAGAUGCAUCACGUAGAGGUCACAGUGGAUCAGAGAAGAAUCUUUUGGACACAUUUAAUUCGGAGCUUCUCAAAUCUGAUUCUGACAACAACAACAGUGAUGACUGUGGGAACAUCCUUCCUAUUGAUAUAAUGGACUUUGUGUUGAAGAACACGCCAUCCAUGCAAGCUCUAGGAGAAAGCCCAGAGUCGUCAUCCUCAGAACUGUUGACAUUGGGUGAUGGCUUGGGUUUAGAUAGCAAUCGCGGAAAGGAUAUAGGUUUAUUUGAGGUAUUUUCACAACAGCUUCCGACUUCAGAACCUGUUGAUGGUGCAGUUUCCUCUACUAUGUCUGCUGAGGAACAGUUUGGGCUGCCAUUGGAACUUCCCUCCGACCUCUCUGUGCUCACUACUCGUAGUCCAUCUCUCCCUAACCAGAACCACAGUAGACUCGAAGUGAUCUCGGAACCACAAAUAUCCCCCAGUGAACGAUCCCUUUUAUCCAUUUCAACCUCGGACGCAGUGGAGAAGAGGGUUACGGUUACAGAAAAGCCUGUAACAUCAGAUGAUGGGGAUUCAGGUCUGCUUAGUCAGAGUGUUGAUAGGGCGUCUGAAGGUCACAUGACACCAGAUAGGUUUAUCCCGGGACGCUUGGACUCAGAAAACGUUUCUCGUUCUCCCUGUGGACAAGUAGAGCAUACAGGAAACCAAGAUCAGGGCAGUAUUAACCCUAACUUGCAGGUGUCUGUGUCACCCAAUGUCCCACUGCAAACACAAAAAUACAUUCCCAGCUCUUCAGAGAGCCCAGGGCCCUCACAGAUGCCAAACACAGCUGUACAGGGCACACCUCCACACCUCAAAUCAACAACUGAAAAACUAGUUGUGGUUAAUCAGAACAUGCAGCCUCUCUAUGUCCUCCAGACUUUACCUAAUGGAGUAACACAAAAAAUUCAGCUCACCCCGCCUGUACCAUCAGCCAGUGGUAGGAUAGAUGGAGAUGUGUCUGUCAUGGGCUCCAUGGGACCAGGGCUUGCCUUGGCCACCGCCCUUAAUCCCACCUUAACUUCAUUUCCUGCCACUGGUAAAGGUCUUCUUCCAAUGUCUCACCAUCCACAUUUGCAAACCUUUCCUGCUGGGCACCAGGCCACUUUUCUGCCUAGCCUAACCAGUCAGUCUUCAGGACUCCUUAUUGGUGUUCAACCUUCUUCUGAGCCUCAACUUCGUGUAUCAGAAGUAGGUCAAAGGUCAGAGUUGAGCAGCGCAUCCACCACCUCUACUUCAGGGUUAAACAAAAAGAGACAGAUUUCACGCUUGCAUACAAGAAAGAACAAAAAGCUAGCCCCUUCUGUGACACCAGCCUCCAGGCAUCCUCCUGAAGUUGUCUCAAACAUGACACUAAUCAACUUUACUCCUUCCCAGUUGGCAGGAGGACUACCAAACCACCCAGGUUUAAUUGACCUACACCCACUGGGGAACCCUGCUCCCCAUCGUAGCAUUCCCAAUAUCAUCAAGAGAUCAAAGUCUGGGGUCAUGUACUUUGACCAGACUCCACUUCUCCCUCAGGGUGUGGGAGCUGUUAGCUCUGUAGGUGCAGCAUCCAGCGUUAUGGGGCUGGAUGCUGGUCACCUGGCGGGUCAAGUCCCAGGUCUGGCUACUAGCUCCCCUGUACUAAACGUUGUGUCUAUGCAGACAGCACCUGCUGCUCCUCCUGGAUCUGGACAUGUAACCUUAACAAGCCAAGGGAUUAUCGGUGCUCCUGAUCUGGGCUCCAUCAGUAACUUCCUUAUAAAAACCAGUCCACAGGGUUUGGGCAUCCAAGAUAACCAUGUGACCCUCCCCACAGGGCCUGGAUUGUUUUCUCAGAGUCCAACCAAAGCAUCCAUGGCCACCACAUCCAGCAUAUGUGUGGUACCCAGUACUCAGUCUGUAGCAGUGACCCUUGCCCAACCUGUUAAUGACCCAGACUCUGCUUAUCCACUCUCUCAUCACAUGAACAGAUUGAGCAGUCGGCCACCAAUCUUGCCAGACCCUGCUGGUGGAUCAGAUGUCAGGUCUACAGCUUCCCAGUUGCCACCAGAAAACAAUAGUAAAAUGAACAAACCCUCCUCCACGUCUUCAGCUCUUGGGAUUCAAAAGAACAGUGCCAAAGCAUCGCAUAAAGCAAAGAGCAAAGCUAAGAGGCAGACGCCUUCCACUGAGAAAAAUAAUAGGAAGAAACACAAGACGUCUCAUACAAACCAUCCACAUGCCUCGGCUCGAGGGCAGGAGAGAGAUGACAGCACGAGAGUUUCAGCUCCCACUGGGAGCCACAAACCAAAGACUGAUGUUGGUGAACUACAGAGUCUGUCCGCAGAAAAUCAGACUGGGUAUGAAGUGGCAGCACGACAACAGCGAGACCCACACCCCCCAAGCAAUAAGAUCCUCCAAGAUUCCAAGCAGGAUGAGUCUAAGCAGUCAGGAGAAGAGGAUGUUGGGUUCAGCUCUCCAUUGAUGCGACUGUUACGACAAGAGCAGAACCGCCAGGAUUCUCACCAGGAGCCCAAAUCCAGGACAGGCCUUCUGUUUGAGAUCUCCAGCGAUGAUGGUUUUCAGAUUUCCGCUAGUAGCAUUGAGGAAGCCUGGAAAUCUCUCACCGACAAAGUUCAAGAAGCCCGAUCCAAUGCCAGACUAAAGCAGCUUUCUUUCUCAGGUGUGAAUGGCUUGAGGAUGCUGGGAAUCAUACAUGACGCGAUUGUAUUUCUAGUGGAACAGUUACAUGGGGCCAACAGAUGCCGCAAUUACAAGUUCCGUUUCCAUCGCCCGGCUGGUGAAGAGGAACCUCCUCUUAAUCCUCAUGGAGCAGCGCGGGCGGAAGUGUACCUCAGAAAAUCCACUUUUGACAUGUUUAACUUCCUGGCCUCCAAACACCGACAACCUCCUGAAUACAAACCAAACGAUGAUGAAGAAGAGGAAGUUCAGCUGAAAUCCGCACGAAGGGCCACAAGCAUGGAUUUGCCAAUGCCUAUGCGCUUCCGGCACCUUAAGAAGACUUCCAAAGAAGCUGUAGGAGUUUAUAGGUCUCCGAUACAUGGUCGAGGGCUGUUCUGCAAGAGAAAUAUUGAUGCUGGAGAAAUGGUGAUUGAGUACUCUGGAAACGUCAUCCGCUCUACAAUGACUGACAAGAGGGAGAAGUAUUACGAGGGAAAGGGCAUUGGCUGCUAUAUGUUCCGGAUUGAUGACUCUGAGGUGGUCGAUGCCACAAUGCAUGGGAAUGCUGCUCGCUUUAUCAACCACUCUUGUGAGCCCAACUGCUACUCGAGGGUCAUCCCAAUAGAUGGCCAGAAACAUAUCGUUAUAUUUGCCAUGCGUAAAAUCUACCGCGGCGAGGAGCUCACUUAUGACUACAAGUUCCCUAUCGAGGAUGCCAGCAACAAGUUGGCCUGCAACUGUGGGACCAAGCGAUGCCGAAAAUUUCUCAACUGACCGGGACUGUGCGAGAAAUCCCAAGUAAGCAGGGAACGCGAGGGAGCUGAGGUCGCCUCCGGCAAGAGACGCGCAGACAGCCGAUCCCUCCGAUUGAAGGAAGAUGUUACCGCUGUUCUGUGUAGCACCCUCACUGCCAGAGUGCGGUUGGAAAUGUUCGCUGUAAACGAGCAGGCUACAUGUUGUUAUGCUGCAUAGUAUGUAUUCACUGAUCAGGAUUACAUUGUGCCGUUUCAUAAGGAUACACAAGUGAAAACUCGUGUAGAGAAUUCAUCGCUGCAACACUGCUUUGCAGAAGUCAAGGAACGCCUGAUUACUCAUUUAGAUGAUAUUUUUAACUUAUUUUUUCUACAUACCAAACGCUGCAUGGCAGUGAACCGAAAUGGUAAAUUUGCA